AGAAUCUCGUUCUGAAAAACAAAAUGUCUGCGCCCUUUUAAUUGUGUGGAGAGCAGGAAUAGCGCCAAGUCGGUUUGAAAUUUCCAUAUUUAAGAGAGGAAGUGGGAUUCAAGAGUUGUGUCAGUUGAAAAAAUAUAACGUUUACUAUCAAAGAAAUCCACUAGACUGUGCACCAUGUCAAGAAUCUGGCAGCGUCUGAAGGGAUUGAAAUUCAGUGAGGAAUUCGUCAAUAUGGUUGUUCCGUCAUUCAUAACUGCAGCAUCUCUGUACCAGGGCUUGAAGCACGUCUAUGGUUUGGACAGAAUGAGGAGCAACUAUGAGAAGAAGGACUCUCGUGGGAAACCAGUCGGUAUUGAUGAAGCCACUGAAGCUCUGAUCAGUCAGGUAUUAAGAAGGAGGAAUCUUGUUCCCUAUGAAGAAGCUGGGUUGGAAUUCUUCUACAGUGACACAAAGGGACCAGUGUGUAUGGGCGCUCUCGGGUGUCGAGGUGGUGCUUACAUAGGUCUGCCAUUCUUUAUGGCGUAUAAGAGUGUCGAUGACGUAGUGAAGAGCGAAACACUGGUACUCCGAGGCAAAACAUCCCACGACAUUUAUCAGAUAGAUUGGGAAGACCCUCUCUCCCUGGAGAUGGCCAACUCUCUUGUCCUUUCGGAUAAGGCAAAGAUGUUUCUGAUUGCACGGGAAAUCUUCAACGUCAGUACAUAUGCUCCCUUGGUCAACGCUGUAGCUGUGGGUGCUUCUGGAUUGAUGACGUACUCCAUUUAUAGGCACAACUUCUACAGAGCCAGAUUGGUUGGUUGGACUGGGCAUGUAUUUUUUCUCUCUUUGGCUGCACUGGUAGGUGGCAUUAUGUACACCGUAAUCACUGAUAACUACAACUGUUGGCUGCAGGGCUGGACGAAUAAAAAGGCAGCCAUGUUGGGGACGGAGUACGCCGAGGGAGGUGUGGAACUCUUCGAGAGUAUAUUAAAUUUGAAUAAGAUCACGAGAGAAAUGAUGGACGCGGCCGAUUAUUACAACAAGGAGGGGAAUGUUAACUACCCAUGGUACAGGAAUCCAUUUUUACCAAUUACAUUACAACGAGACGGUGUCAGGAAAAUCCUGGAUGAUCUGCGAGCUGGGGUUGUUCAACCGACUGAGUAUCCUGACAAAGACUACGAUGCCCCAAGAUUAAAGAGAGCGAGACAGCUUUGAACUGUACAGUAUUUAGAGACCAUUCCCAGACCCUAUCGUAUUAACUGUGGAUCGUUCUAUCUAUGAGGGGAUUCUUGCUAAUUGCUUUCAGCUUAAGCUGCUCUAAUGUCUGGCUACUGAA